UUUUAUUAUUACAUUUUUCUUUUCCCCUUUAAACAUUAUGAAAUAUAGAUCAACUCGUGGACAAGUUAAGGACUACACUUUUGAGGAAGCUGUUAUGACAGGUUUAGCCCCUGAUGGUGGUCUCUUCAUUCCUCAAUCUAUUCCUCAAUUGCCUGCUAAUUGGCAACAAAAUUGGUCCAACUACACCUUUCAACAAUUAGCCACCGAAAUUCUUUCUUUAUACAUCGAUGAAUCUGAAAUCCCUCGUGAAGAUUUGAAGAAUCUUGUUGAGAAAUCUUAUUCUACUUUUCGUUCAAAAGAUGUUACACCUGUUGCAAAGGUUCAUGACGGACUUCAUGUCUUGGAGUUAUUCCAUGGUCCUACUUUUGCCUUCAAGGAUGUUGCUCUUCAAUUUGUUGGUAACUUGUUUGAAUAUUUCUUGGAACGUCGUAAUCGUAAAGAAACAAAUGGUCAAACACAUAGAUUAACUGUUGUUGGUGCUACCUCUGGUGAUACUGGCAGUGCUGCUAUUUAUGGUCUUCGUAAUAAGAAGAAUGUAUCUGUAUUUAUUUUACAUCCUAAUGGUCGUGUCAGCCCUAUUCAAGAAGCUCAAAUGACUACUGUCCUUGAUGCUAACGUUCAUAACUUCUCUGUCGAGGGUACUUUUGAUGACUGUCAAGACAUCGUGAAAACACUCUUUGGUAAUAAGGAAUUUAAUGAUCGUCAUCAUCUUGGUGCUGUCAACUCUAUUAACUGGGCACGUAUUUUGGCACAAACGGUGUACUAUUUCCAAGCUUACUUUAGCCUCUUACGUACCUUAAAUACUUCUGAUGUUAAAUUUAACUUCUCUGUCCCUACUGGUAACUUUGGUGAUGUCUUGGCUGGUUAUUAUGCCUAUCGUAUGGGUCUUCCUGCUAAUAAGUUAUUAAUUGCUACUAAUGAAAAUGAUAUUUUAUAUCGUUUCUUUGCCUCUCAUGCUUAUGAAAAGCAAACAGGUCCUGAAGGUGGCGUUAAGGCCACAUUAUCACCUGCUAUGGAUAUCUUGGUUUCCUCUAACUUUGAACGUCUUUUAUGGUAUCUUGCACGUGAAUCUGAUAGUGAAAGUAAUGAUGAUAAAGCAGGAGAGACAGUUGCCGGUUGGAUGCAGGAAUUAAAGCAAAAUGGUGUCUUCCGUGUCUCUGAUCAAGUUGUCUUGAAGGCUCGUGAAAUCUUUGAUGCUGCUCGUGUGACAGAUAAAGAGACCUUAGACACUAUUCGUGACUUUUAUGAUAAAUACCAUUAUGUUCUUGAUCCUCAUACUUCUGUUGGUGUACAUGCUGCUGAACAGAUAAUGAAGAGAGAUAAUGUCAAGACGAAUGAAGUCUUUAUUUGUUUGGCUACUGCUCAUCCUGCUAAAUUCUCUGAAGCUGUUGAGGAGUCAUUAAAGACUGCAUCUGGAUUUGAUUUUGGUAAGGAUGUAUUACCUACUGAAUUCCAUGGUUUAUUAGAAAAGGAACGUCGUGUUACUUAUAUUGAACGUGCUGAUCCUAAAUUGGUGAUGAAUGCUAUUGAAAAAGAAUUACAUGAUGAAGGUAUUUCUUUCUAAUAAGUCUAUUCUACAAACACACACACACACACACACACACACACCUAUACAUACAUGCACAAAAACACAUAGAUAUACAUAUAUAAAUAUAUACAUACAGACAGAGAGAG